GCGCGCCGCCGUGCGCGUGGCCAGAGCUCUCUCUCUCUCUUUCUCCGCCCGGCCGCCUGAUUUUCGCUCCUCCCCUUUCGGUCCCUUCUCCUCCCUGGCUCGCGCCCCACCUACUCCACCCGUCUCCGUUUCACCAGGCAGGCGCAGGCGCGCGCGCAAGAGCCUCCCAGCGCCAAGCCGGCAUCUCCGAGCAAGCAGCAGCAGCAUCCUCCCCUCCCCUCACGCCUCGCCUCCUCUCUCUCUCGCUCCCUCCCCUACCCCCUUCAGGCCCCGCGCCGAAUCCUAGCUCUCAGCGCGCGCGCCUUGCCUCUGCGCUCGCCCUUCCUUUUUCUGUCCCCGCAUCUCCUCCUCCUCUUCUGCCAACAUCCCCGGCGUCCCGGGCUCACUUGCAAAUGGAUUUGCCCGCGAGCCACUGCAAAAAAGUCAAGCUGAGCAACAAAGUGCAGAGUUGGAACCCUUAUCAGCAGGAAGUUGUGCAAAAUAGGUUUCUCCCACUCCUGGGAUGCUACAGAACUGGUGUGCUUUUCAAUACCCUGUCUUAUGAGGAAGGCAGAACUGCCUGUGUCCCCUUCUUGGUCUUAACCAGCCUUCGCCAGGUGGAUGCCCACCAGAUGUUUUGGACUAAAACUCCCAUCAGGCCCUGCCAGCUGCAGCCCCAACAACAUCAAGAAGGCACCACCUUGGCAAACACAAAUUUUGCUACAAGGAGCUGUGGAAGGCAGCCAUCCCAACAUGGCUACACGGGAAUGCAGAGAGCUACCAAUGUCACCUACCAAGCCCACCAUGUCAGCCGCAAUAAGAGGGGUCAGGUAGUAGGGACCAGAAGUGGCUUUCGGGGCUGCACAGUCUGGCUAACAGGUUUGUCUGGAGCUGGGAAGACCACAGUUAGCAUGGCACUGGAGGAAUAUCUAGUGUGCCAUGGCAUUCCAUGCUAUACUCUGGAUGGUGACAACAUCAGACAAGGCCUGAAUAAGAACCUAGGAUUCUCACCAGAAGACAGGGAAGAAAAUGUCCGCCGGAUUGCUGAGGUUGCCAAGUUGUUUGCAGAUGCUGGCUUGGUGUGCAUCACUAGUUUUAUUUCUCCUUAUGCCCAGGACCGUAACAAUGCAAGGCAAAUCCACGAAGUGGCAAGCCUGCCUUUCUUUGAAGUAUUUGUGGAUGCUCCAUUGUACGUUUGUGAGCAGAGAGAUGUGAAAGGCCUCUACAAAAAAGCUCGUGCUGGAGAAAUUAAAGGUUUUACUGGUAUUGACUCAGAGUAUGAGAAACCUGAAGCCCCUGAGCUGGUACUCAAAACGGAUUCCUGUGAUGUCAAUGACUGCAUUCAGCAAGUUGUGGAACUUCUGCAAGAGAGGGACAUUGUACCAGUGGAUGCCUCUUACGAGGUUAAGGAGCUGUAUGUGCCUGAAAACAAACUUAAAUUGGCCAAAACAGAUGCAGAGUCUUUACCUGCCCUGGAAAUAAAUAAGCUGGAUAUGCAGUGGGUACAAGUCCUGGCGGAGGGCUGGGCAACACCGCUGAAUGGCUUUAUGAGAGAGAGAGAAUACCUGCAGUGCCUUCAUUUUGACUGCCUGCUUGAUGGGGGAAUCAUUAACCUGUCAGUGCCUAUAGUGUUGACAGCCACAACGGAAGACAAGGAGAGACUGGAUGGCUGCACAGCUUUUGCUCUGCUGUAUGACGGUCGCCGUGUGGCUAUUCUCCGCAAUCCAGAGUUCUUCGAGCACCGGAAAGAGGAACGCUGUGCCCGGCAAUGGGGGACAACGUGCAAGGACCACCCUUACAUCAAGAUGGUCAUGGAACAAGGGGAUUGGCUUGUGGGGGGUGAUCUCCAAGUCCUUGAUCGCAUUUACUGGAAUGAUGGCCUUGACCAAUACCGUCUCACACCUGCUGAACUAAAGCAGAAGUUCAAAGACAUGAAUGCUGACGCUGUCUUCGCCUUCCAGUUGCGCAACCCUGUGCACAGUGGACAUGCCCUGCUAAUGCAAGAUACUCAUAAGCAGCUUCUGGGUCGAGGUUACAGGCGCCCAGUCCUCCUUUUGCAUCCUCUGGGGGGCUGGACAAAGGACGAUGACGUUCCUCUGUCGUGGCGAAUGAAACAACACGCAGCAGUCCUGGAGGAAGGGAUAUUGAACCCAGAAACGACUGUGGUGGCCAUAUUUCCUUCUCCCAUGAUGUAUGCUGGACCAACUGAGGUUCAGUGGCAUUGCAGGUCGAGGAUGGUAGCUGGAGCAAACUUCUACAUUGUGGGUCGAGAUCCUGCCGGCAUGUCUCAUCCCGAGACUGGAAAAGAUCUCUACGAUCCAACCCAUGGUGCCAAAGUGCUGACUAUGGCGCCAGGCCUGAUAACGCUGGAAAUCGUACCCUUCAGAGUGGCAGCUUAUAACAAGAAAAAGAAAUGCAUGGAUUACUAUGACUUGGAACACCACGAAGACUUCGAAUUCAUUUCAGGAACUCGCAUGCGCAAAAUGGCUCAGGAAGGACAAAAUCCUCCUGAAGGCUUCAUGGCUCCCAAAGCAUGGACUGUGCUGAAAGAGUAUUACAAAUCCUUGGAAAAGGCUUAGGCUACUUAUUUGUUGCAGAUCAGCCUUUGACGUUUGAUUUAUUAGCAAGAAGGAGGACCACACAAUCGUCGUUUUGGUGCUGCUUUGUUGUCGUGUCUGUCAGGAAGCAUUUCCUCUAAAAAACACCAGGCCCUUUCUCCUUAACUUAGCAUCGUUUUCUGCUUCUCUUAUGGGUUCCAUUACUUAUUGGCACCUAACAAACUGCUGGUUCUAAUGUCUUCUAUUUUUAUUACAGUUGAUAUUCUUGCAGUAAGUUUUCUAAACCUCGUCUUUCUAAAACAUUAUUAUACCUCUGUGCCCUGCGGUUCUCAGUGCUGCUGAAACUCUCCCCCUCCCUCCUUUCACAUUAUUUAAUGUAUCUCAUGUCUUUUUCUGUGUGGGUAUGUUGCUUUUCAUAGUUUACAGGCUUAAUAUGGCAGUUUGAUUAUACCAGCUAGAUAUAGGUGCUAAAUCGAAUCAAAACGAAAAAGAUUUUUAAAAAGAUACUAACCUUGUACUUUUCAGCCAGUGCUCUUCGAAGUUCUUGUAUGGAAUCUCCAGAAUAGACUACACUGUAUUGCAAAUUAAACUUUCUGUACCAAA